AUGACUCUAUUGAAGAGAAUUCAUCCCACUCCAACUGAAGAGUCUGAGUCCACCACCAACGACAAUGACGAUCAUGAAAACUCUCCCUACAACACUCUCACCUCAGAACAUUCCUUAUCUGAUGCAUCUAUGUUCACAAUGAACAUGUCAUGCAUUCAUUCCAUCAAAUUCUGUCUCAUUCUCCUCAUUUCAAGUCUCAUCUUGUUGAGAGUCAUUGUCUUGUCUGCCACUUGGAUUAGUUCAUUUGCUCCAACGGUCUUUCGUUUAAGUAGUUCAGAAAGAGAUGGUGAAUUUAAAAGUAUUAUUAAUUAUGCUGAUCAAACAUUGAGAGAAGUUGCCAUUGCGAAUGAAGCAGUGAAACAACAAUUGGUGGGAGAUCACUUUUCCAUGUAUGAUUAUCAAACAUCUGAACGUAAAAUGUACAGUGCUUAUAAGAGUGGUUUGAAAUAUCAAGAAGGAAUUAUCAUUUCAGGAUACGUUGGAGAUCCAUUAAAUUAUUGUUUUGGUGUUAUUUUGUGGACAGAUACCAUGCCAGCCACUUUCAAUAUUACUCCUGAAAUUCAAACUGUUUACUAUUGUCACAAUUCUUCAGAGUAUGAUUAUUGCAACAGAGGUUUCACUCCAGACGAAACGAUGGCCACUUUUGAUUUGUCAGUGAUUAUUGACACGUGUGACAAGCAUCCCAAUGAACAAGCAUUUACCUUGAGUUAUGGAUCAAUUGCCAUGCCACAAUAUGUGUUCAUUACCAUUUUGAGUUGUGUGGUUGACAAAAACGCCAAAUUGUUAUCACCUCACAAUUUCACGUAUUAUUAUGCAGUGGAUUUAACAGUGACAACCAUUAGUAACUUUUUGAAGAAUCGAACAAAAUCAAUUCCAAAUUCGAAAGGGUUCAUUGUUGAGACUGAAACUGCAUUGUUAAUUGCAAUUGACAGCGAUGUGGUCAUUACUGAAUUUGCUGCUGAUGGCAGUCUCAAUCGAAAAACCACUGAAACCGUAAACGAUUCUGGAGUACAAUCGAUUGGAAACACCAUUCUCUCUGCCUAUCAAAACGACUGGAAACAAAUUCCAUGCAAUUCCAUGAUUGUUCUCACUUCCUCCUCCAUGUACAUCAUGGUCGAGAGAAUGUGCACGAAAAACUACAUUGAUUGGGUAGUUGUCUUGGCAAUGCCUCAAUGGAAUUAUGUUGGUUCCACAAUGAUUGCCAUCAUUUCUUCCAUAUUUGGAAGUAUUCUCAUUGUCAUGUUUGGUAUUGUGUUGGGAGUGUUUGUUUCAUUGAAAAUUGUGAAACCUUUUUAUCAUUUAAUUCAAUUAUUUGAGAAUGUGGCUCAAAUGGAUCUCGACAAAAUUCAACUCAAGGAAAGUGCCUUCUCAGAAGUGAAACAAUUACAAAAACAUUUCAUGAGCAUGGUUCAACGCAUGAAAUUGUACAGAAGUUUCAUUCCAGCUCACUUGCUAUCUGAAAUUGAGAAUUCUCAAAAUGCUGAAAAUGGUACUGACAAUCAUGCACAAGAUAUAACAGACUCUACGGGUGGAUCUUCCAUGAAACAUCGUACCACCUCUCAUCGUCGACCUUCAGUGGCAGGAAGUGAAAAGAGUGAUUCUGGAUCGAGUUCACAAUCGAUCGAAAACUCUUCGUAUCAUCGAGUGGAAUCGAAAAAGAAGAAUGUGAACAAGUUUUCAUUAUAUAUGGAACAUCGAAGAGUUACAUUGUUGGAAAUUCAUUUGGAUGGACUCAAUGAGUGGAUUCAUGCGAUGAGUCCGUAUGAUACUGUGUUGUUAUUAAGCGAUGUGUUCGAUCAACUCAAUAGCAUUUCAAGAUUAUCUGGAGGUCACAUUUCCUCCAUUGAAAAUGAUUCCAUCACUAUUGCUUUCAAUGCCUCUUCCAAUCAAUCCAAUCACGAAGAAAAAGCGUCACAAGUCUCUCGACAAUUGCAUGACAAGCUUCUCUCUGUGAAAUACAUGAAAUGGAAAAAUCAUGAUCUCGUCAAAAAGAAACCUCAUCUUUACGAUGCGAUGAAUUUCCGAUUGGCACUCAUCUCUCAAGAAUGUUAUUGUGGAAAUAUUGGUUCGAAUGAUUUUAAGAAUUUCACAAUUAUGAGCAGUUCGAAGAGUAAUUUGGCAUCUCUGAUUGAAGUGUCGAAGAGAUUGGACAUUUCUAUUGUGUGUUGUGAAAAAGUGAAUUCAGUGUGUUCCAAAUUAUUUCAAACAAGAUUUGUCGACACAAAGAAUUGCGUAGAUGAUACAUUCAUUGUGUCUGUUACUUCGAAUCAAGAAUUGCCUCCACAACAUUCCACAAAGGUUUAUGAAUUGGGAGGUUCUUUAACUGUUUCACAAGAUGAGUGGAUGUAUGAAUUGGCAGAUCAACAAAAGAAGAACAAAUGGAAUUCUUAUAAUCAAGCAUGUCAGUUGUACUUUGAAAAGGAUUACAGAGGUGCAUUAGAAAUGUUCCAAGAAUUUUAUCAGAGCAACACGAAUGAUAAACCUGCAGAACACAUGAUUCGUUUGUGCGAGCAGUUGCUACAUCAUUAG